UUCUUUUCUUUAAUUUCCACCCCCACUCAAUCUCUCUCUUCCUCGUACUUUGGAAGUGCAAAAACAAAAAAACAAAAAAAAGCAAAAACACAAUCAUGGCAACCAUUUCUGACAUCUUUGUUGUAACAACAAUUGUUUUUUCUUGCUUUGAAAUCACUGCUUAUGGUGCCCUUUUCUCCUCCCUUCACCAAACUCUCAUACUUAAUUCUUCAACUUCACAAGGACAAGUGCUGCAAGCUGGUGAAGAGCAAGUGACAAUAACAUGGUCAUUAAACAAGAAUUACCCAACAGGGACAGACUCAAACUACAAGAUAGUGAAAGUGAAAUUAUGUUAUGCUCCAAUGAGCCAAUUGGACAGAGGAUGGAGGAAGUCAAAUGACAAUCUCAACAAGGAUAAAACUUGUCAAUUUAACGUUGUCACCAAGCCAUAUAAACCUUCAAACAACAAUUUCACUUGGACUAUAGAGAAAGAUGUUCCUAGUGCUUCCUAUUUUAUUAGGGCUUAUGUUUAUGACUAUGUUGGUGAAGUUGUUGCCUUUGGCCAAACAACUGAUUCUCACAAGAAAACCAACUUGUUCCAAAUCACGGCAAUCACAGGCCGCCAUGUUGCCAUAAAUGUGUGCGCAGCCUGCUUCUCUGCUUUCUCCGUCAUAUCUCUUAUUGGAUUCUACUUGGUUGAGAAGAGAAAGGGCAAAAGUCUCAGACGAUGAUCUUAGAAAUAUGAUAUUCUAGCAUGUUAUAUCUGUAUAAUAUAAGUACUACGAUGAACAUUUAGAAAACUCAUGUUAUAUCUUUAUAACAUAAGUACUAUGAUGAGCACUUAGAAAAGUUAACAUUGGAAA